AUGUCCAGUGGUUCAGAUCGCAGCCCCUCUCUCACACCGUCACCAACGUCUCGUUCCUCGUCCCCAGAGUAUCCAGUACAACCUGAUCACUUUUAUGGCUCGGAGAAUGCCAAUCCACUACCUCCGUCGCCGGACUCGGGGGGCAGAACCUGGCUCGAUCCGGCGCAGGAUCCUUUAGCCCAGCGCGGCAUACCCGUGUUCAAACCGACGAUGGAGGAGUUUAGAGACUUCGAGGCGUACUUGAACAGAAUCGAAUGUUGGGGGAUGCGAAGUGGUAUUGUGAAAGUCAUUCCACCGAAGGAGUGGACCGAUGCAUUGCCACCCCUCACUGACCAGCUUGCUCAAGUGAAGCUGAAGAGUCCUAUCGAGCAACACAUGUUCGGUCGCGGCGGCUUGUUCCGUCAGGAGAACGUCGAGAGGCGGCGCAAUUUAAGCAUACGAGAAUGGGCCGAGCUCUGCGCGAAAGAUGAACUACGUGCCCCUGGUGUUGAUGAUAUUGGGCUGCAUGCACGCGCGACGAACGGAAGUGUGAAGCCGCGAACGCGCAGGGCGCGUAAGAAGAGGGAGUCGGAGACUGCCGAGCCCGAGCCUGGCACAAGUAGCAUCAAGGAGGAGGAAGAGGAAGGCGUGGGCAACCUCAUUGGUGACGGCGGGUCAACAUCUCUUAUUUCCUCGCCACCAAACACUUCUGGUACUUCAGCAAUACCUCUGGCGACGGUUGGUGACGCAGAAGGAUACCUGAAUGCUGCUAGUCCCGCGGGUGGAGAAGAGAAUGCAGAUAACGGCAUUGCCCCUCCUCAGCAGCCCUUCGAGAGCGACGACAAGAACGAAGAGGCCGAAGACGAAAAACCCCGAGUCAAAGGGCGGCGUAUACCACAGACUCGCCAAACGAAGGAGGCCAAUCUAGCUGAAAGAGCGGUCAAGGAUAAAACGUUCUUGGAGACGUUUGAUCCACAUUCGGACUGGCUUCCUCCUAAUACCACAUCUUUUGAUUAUACUCCUGCCUUCUGCAGAGAAUUAGAACGACGGUAUUGGAGGAAUUGUGGACUCGGCAAAUCUGCUUGGUAUGGUGCCGAUCUAGCCGGAUCGCUCUUUACGGAGGAGACCACGUCGUGGAAUGUGGCUCGUCUACAAUCUGCUCUGAGUCGUUUGCUGCCUGCUUCGUCGAAGGGCCUUCCGGGAGUCAAUACUCCCUACUUGUACUUUGGCAUGUGGCGAGCCACCUUCGCCUGGCACGUGGAGGAUAUGGAUUUAUUCAGCAUUAACUAUGUGCACUUUGGGGCACCGAAAUUCUGGUACGCAAUGCCUCAAGCCAGGGCAGCUGCGCUUGAGCAGACGAUGAGAGGUUAUUUUCCCAAAGAUGUCUCAAAUUGUGCUCAGUUUUUGAGGCACAAGUCUUUCUUGGCAUCGCCGACACUCUUAUCGGGUUCAUCAUGUCGUCCGAACACUCUGGUACAACAUGCGGGCGAAUUUGUCAUAACCUUCCCUAUGGGAUAUCACGCGGGGUUCAAUCUUGGCUUCAACUGCGCGGAGAGUGUUAAUUUCGCUCUGGAUAGUUGGAUUGACAUUGGACGCAAAGCUAAAGCAUGUGGCUGCGUGAAUUUCAGUGUGCGAAUCGAUGUUGAUCAGCUUUUGCGGGAUAGAGAGGCUGAGCGAGCUCAGAUUGAGAAUAGCCAGUCUCGCCGACCUCGUCCAGAUUCCAAGGCGAGCAAGAGUGGGAAGCCGAGCUCUUCUCGAAAGCGGAAAGCCAUAGGCGAUGACAGUCCGAUCAGACCGAAGAAAAAGAGACCCUCAGGAUCUACCUUAGAUGAAAGUGGACCUUCGACUUCGUCCCCUAAGCAGUCAAAAUCCAGUCCUCCGAAAGUGAUUCUGAAGCUUGGACCGAAGCCGAAAGAGCCUGAGGCGUUCCCAUGUUGCUUGUGUGUGUGUAUGAGCCAGGAGACGCUGCUACGAGUGCACGAUCCUCCAGCAUGGCGAUUGCAAAAUGACAGUCCAGGGGCAAGUCUCAAGCGUACUGUCUGGAUGGCGCACGAGAAUUGUGCCAACGUCAUUCCAGAGACCUGGGUGGAUGAGAUUGAGACUGCUGGAGAUGAAGCUGACGGUGCGAGAGUGAAGGAACGCGUGGUGUUUGGUGUAGACGCGAUCGUCAAGGACCGCUGGAAUCUGAAAUGCACCGCCUGUACGAAACCGCGACAUAAGGCCCAUGGCGCUCCUAUACAGUGUACCAAGGGUAGAUGCCCUAAGGCCUUUCAUGUCUCUUGUGCGCGAGAUGGGAGCGACAACAACAUUGUGUACAAGGUGCUUCGGGAAGUGGAGAAGGAGGUCGUUCUUCUUGAUCCUCAUGCGACUACACCAGCAGGACAACUUCUGGAAGAGAAAUUGCCUGCUGUAGUUGGCGAUUCUAUUACAGACAGUUCUACUACCAACCCAAUGGAGGUGGAAACGCCCCGAGUCCUGAAACUCAUCAGGAAGAUAGAAGUCCAAGUAUUAUGUUCCCAGCAUAACCCUGCUGUCGCAGAUGCCAAGCGCGCAGUAAAACAGGACAAGAUCCGCAACGAUCUGCUAUCGCUUCCCCCUAUGUCGCGAAUCAAGCUACGCGUCAGUGCUGGUGUAUUCGAGGUCUCACUUGUGCGUGUCAUCGAGGAAUCGUGUGCCGUUGAGGUUCUAUGGGACCGUGGUCUGAAGAGAGAAUUCAAGUGGGGCAGCGUGGUGUUUGGCAAUACUGAGGGAUUGGCUGUUGGCCAGAAACCUACUGAGCCUGCAGCAGAACCCGAACGGCUUGCACCGCCGCUGGCGCCACCUAAAACUGCAUUCUGCUCGCCAACUCCUGCAGCCAAUUCACGCACGCCUGUUGGUACGGUGCUAAAUACAACAGCAACCACAGCACCAUCAGCAUCAGCAUCGACAUCUUCGGUUGCUCAGCGCCCCUAUACGCCUUCGCAGUACUCUCAGACUCCAACAUACCAAUAUAGCGCGGCAAAUUGGAGGUAUCAUUACAACCAGGCAAAUCCUCAGUUUAACGCAUCUGGGUACUCGGCACACAAUUAUCCGUACGGCAACCAAUCUGUAUAUCCAAACGCCACACCAUACUCUGCAUAUGGUUAUAGUUACCAGUCGCAGGCGCAAAAUAGUCGCGAGCUACAAUGGCAGCAGCCGUACGUGGGUCCCAAAGCAGGUGCGCCUGCGGACACGGCAGGUACAUCCAAUGCCCUUGCGACGCAAACCGUUCCUUACUAUGGGGCAUACCCUCAUGGGCCGGCUCAGACCAUUCCUGGCGGUGCCGGGCAACCAUGGCCUUCUCCGUACUAUAAGCCGCAAAGGACAGUGCUCAACACACCCUCUGUACCAGCCUCAUCCAACUCGUCCGCACCCCCUGCAUCCUCCACGCCACUACCUCAAACAGUGGACUCUUCAUGA